AUGUCCAAGAGAAGCGAAAACAGCAGCGGCAUUCGCACUCCCGGCAGAGCAGCGACCGGAAGCCCCGCAAGGUCGAAGUCCGACGCAUCUGAUAGCGCUUACGUGCCAUCACCGGUGACCGUACUGGACGCCUCGAGAAAAGACCCAUUCGACAGCCUUCCUAUAACCUCACCCGCUGAUAUGGAGCUUGCAGACUACUGGACGAAUAAACUGACAUACUGGUCGGGCCAGAAUAAAUACCUGAAAGAGUGCGCCUUCAAAACAGCAAUGAACCAUCCUUUAUCAUUCCAAGCGGUCAUUCUAUCAUAUUGCGCUCGGUGGAAGGCCCAAUUAUACAAUCAUAGUAACACCCGAGAGAUCGAAUAUCAUUUAUCCAACGUCACGAAAGGCGUCGAGGACGCUGUGAACGGCCGCAUCAAAAUCGACGGCGACAGUCUAGCAAUGGCACUCGCUGGCCAAGCCCUCCACGAGGACAGGUUUGGAACUAAAGAGAAAGCUAGGGGCUACAGAGAGCAUGCGAUACAGAUUCUGCGCACACGCCCUCGCACUAGCGGGCUUGCCGAAGUCUUUCUCCACUACACCAGAUAUGUCAUGAUGCCUUCAUCUCCAGCCCGCUGGGGAGAAGACGGCCAAGAAUGGCUCGUAACAUUCCUCCGCGCAGCAGAAGGUUUGAUGCAGUCGCAUAAUGAUGAAAAAUACCUCGCCUCCGUUCCACAACGCCGCACAGCCUUCCAAAUGGAUAGUCCUCUCUUCUCUCUACUCUCCAGCGGGCCCCGUCCCUCCCGCGUCCCCGAAGAUUCCCGCAUGUACGUUGUUCGCAACGUGCCAACACAAGAAAUCACCCGCACCGCCGCUCUAAUAUACAUCACCGCCGCGCUUUGGGAUUACCAAGACUCUCCCAGUAAGACCGCGCGCUUUCUCGUUUACCUGAAUAAUCUCGUCAGGAAGCACGAGCUGGACCGGUAUCCGGCCUGCGAGAGCUUUAUAUGGCACCUCCUGGAAGAAAACUGCGACAUAGAUCUGAAAGACCCAGAGCGCGGGUGGUCAACGGGUGAGCUACUGAAGAUCCAUAAAGGGCUACGGCCGGAUCUGCGGUUCCAGUACAAUGAGACGCUAUUCAGUUUUCUGAUGCUGGCCGAGCCGCUUCGUGGUGUUGACUCCUUCGAAGCCGAGUUAUUUUCAACUCCCCGGGCGACGGAGAUUGACGUUUGA